UCACAUGACAGGUUGUUGUUGACCUUGCCUGACGUCUAUAUAAAUUCUUGGAGAAGGUAUUUUCGCAUAUGCGGUUCGAGGAAUUGUGAAGUUCCUGUCUGAUUCCUCAAAGAUUGUGGCUUCGGGAGUUUGUGUUAAGUACAGAAAAAACCUUCGACUGAUAUACAAAGGGACGGAAAUCGAUUGCUGGGAAAUCCUGAGAGGGCUUCGAAAGAAAUGAAAGGCGCAUACACACGGCCGUUAAAACAAGGUUACCUUCUGAAGCAGAGCGAAAUUUUAAAACAAUGGCAUCUCCGUUAUUUCGUCCUGAGCAAAGAGUGCCUUUGUUACUAUAGAACUGAAGCGGAAUCAUUAGCAGAAGCACCGAAGGAGGUUAUAUUCUUCAAUGACAUGUCUCUUUACAUAGACGAUCGAGCUGACAAACAGACAAGGUACUGCUUGCGGCUUGUAAAGCGAUCUGUAUCAGCCGGCAAGAUUGCGAAUCGCACAUUGCUGCUGUGUUGUUUCUCGCAAGAUGAAAGAAACGAAUGGCUGUCUCAAAUUCUGUUAGCGAAAGCGAUGGCUUUGGUUGCUGAUCCAACCGCUCUGAUAGGAAACCGCGAAACCUCCACUGAGCAUAUGGACUUUGAGCUCACUGUAUCCGGAAAAAAUGACCGGCGUCCUACCGCUAAGGAACUGUUGCGAAAAUGUCGACGGAAAGUUAUGCUCGUAAGAAGUACAGGGGAUUCCUUGAGUAGUUUACUCCCUGAAAACUUAGACAAUUUAGAACUAAAGUCCUUUACGUUGAACCUUCAACACUGGAGGAGCUCAUUAAUGUUAGUACAAUCAUAGAUUGCCUUUUGAGUGCUCGUGGAUCAAAGUUUUAAGCGCAAGGCAUAUAUCUUUCCGACCGUAAAUCUGUGUAUGAAAAACCGCCAGCCAAGAACUGAAAUACGAAAAUACUUCUUUUAGUUUAGAGAAGCACGUUUUAUUUAUUACUCCUGUUAAAGGGAAAGCUUAGUUUAGACAUUUGUUGAACAGUUUUCCAAAACGUAUUCAAGCCAGAGUGGAGUGCAUGAGAAGGUUCACGUUUUUAUGUAUUUUAUUUAUUUCUAGAAUAGUUUCUACGCUUAAUUUAUACAUCACUAUAUCUACUUUAAAGCUUUCUAGGUGGGCAUUUAAGCUCGUAAUGGUGCUAGUAAUAAAUGUGAAAUAUGAAAAA